UUUUAUUGCAUGACUGGACUUCAGCUUAAUCAGUCACAUAUUAAAAUCUCCUUGUAGCUUAAACUUUCUGCAUAGUUUUGCUUAUUUCCUUGGGACAAAUUCCGACAGGAGGAAUUGCAUGGUUCCACGGUUUUCUAAUUCACAAGUUACGGGUCAGAGAGGUGCCACCAAUAUGAACUCCUGCCUGCAACAAACAAUGCAGGGUACUGCCCCUCUCCUCCCUUGCUGACAGUGUUAUCAUUUUUUGUAUAUUCUCUAACUCAUAGGCAAGAAGAUAUCUGCGUGUUUAUACUUUGCAUUUCCUUUAUCAGUAGUGAAACUGAGUAUUUUUUUGUGUGGCCAUUUUAAUGUUUGCUUUGCAAGGUGUCUGUUAACGUCUUUGAAAACCCAUGUAUUUUGGGGGCUAGUAGACCUACUCCUCUCUGUUUUAAUAGGGUUAUUGUAAGAAUUAGUGGAAGCAAUCUGUUUGAAUAAGUUUGCAACUUACAAAGCAAUACACAAAUAUGUUGAUCAGAUUUGUGACCCGGUAGGGUGAGGGUCAGAAGGAAUGGUCACGUGAAGGCAAAUGGGGUGAGUAAAUGGGUUCCAAGCAAAGGCCUGGGUGAGCUUUGUCAAAGAAGGGGUGGGGAGAGACACCUGUGAAGAGAGAGAAAGGGAAAGAGGACGUGGCCUGAAGAUUUGUUACUUUGAGAAAGUCACUGGAAAUAGACAAGGUCAGGGAUAGUACAGAACCCGGCAGCUCCAAACGGGAGCCAAUUAGACACAAGGGAGAAGAUGAGCAGGGGAGCUAUAGGAAACGAAAAAAGAGCGUCCCAGGGAUGGUCUGUGGUCUCCCUGGGAGGUGGGGUGCAGGCAUCUCCUCAGAUGUCCCUAAACCAGCAACAGAAAAAAGGAACACCAGCAGUGCCCGUUUCUCUGAAGACUCAUCUGGAGUCCAGUGUGACCAAGGCAGGCGUGUUUAAGAACAGAAAGGGAGACUGGUGCCACUGCACACAGGUGUGGUCAUCUGCCCGGAGCACACCUGUACUUUCCUGUAAAUCUUGGGAGUUACCACACCUGGAGAGGGAAUUGAAAUACAUAAAUCAGUGGUAAUUAAAUAAAGAUAAAAUACUGCCCUAAAAUUGCCCCAGCUUAUAUAAAAUUAUAUAUAAAGGUAUGUAAUAUAUCAUUAUAAAUAUGUUAUAGACAUAUGUAUUACUAUAUAUAGCAUGUGUGUAUAUAUAUUAUUAUAUACAUAAAAUACAUGGAUAUAGGCAUACACAUGCUUGCCCACAUCUCCAGAGAGUGGUAAUAAGGUGAGACAGGGAGAAGGAAUUAUUUUUGCUUUUCCUCACAUUUUUAAGUGUUGUUUCACUUGUUACAACAAAUACAUAUUCAUUCUCUAACUUGUAACUGGUCGAAUACAGAAAAAAAAAAUGGUUAAGCCGAGAAAGGCGUGUGCCGGUGAGGGUGCCGGCCGCUGUCCCCUGGGCAGCAUGGGCAGGGAUUCGUGAGGGCGGCAGAAGCGGAGGUCCCGGGCUGUCACCGGAGCCCCUGCUAGCUCGGACAGAGGAGCCCCUGGAAGCACCUGAGAGUCACACCUGGGCCGCGCAGGGCGCUGAGCCCUUUGGCAUGUCACACUUAGAUGACAGGGGAAGCCGUGCCUUCUUGGCAGGCAGGACUCUAGCCAACAGGUAAGACAUUUCCAGGCCACCUGUUUCCAGAUCAGGUGAGCGUCGCCACCUGGCAGGGAGGAGGCACGGGUUCAUUGCAGGGGAGAGAACUUGAGCUUGGUGCAGGAGGAAACAUGAGAACUUUUCUCCUUCAGUUCAAGGGGGGCCUGGGCAGCCUGAAACAAAGUAUCUGACUGGGCCUUUUUGUUAUUUUACAUCAGGUAAGGCUGCUUCAAGGCAACGGGGCACCCUGUGGUGUUUGUGUUCCUCUGUCCUGCGGUCUGGAGAGGAAGUGGGGGAAGGAGACUGAGCUGAUCUCUGACUUUCUGGAGCUACACUUGAGUUGGGGAGAAGGAUGGACGGCACACAAGGGACCGCACAGAGAGAGUGUCACACAUGGGGAAGGUAUUCUGUUCUUCCUCGUCCGGCUGAUUUAUACGUGUGGUUCUUUCUGGUUUCUGCUCUGUCACUGACAUGCGGAGAGCACACUGAGGGUAGGCCCUCAAUGGAUUGGAUGAUACUGGCUGCUUUGGUGAGGGUGAUCGUCUCUACUCAUCUACUGGUUCAAAUGCAAAUCUCUUCCAGAAACACUCUCACGGACACAUCCAGAAGUAAUGUUUUACCAGCGAUCUGGGCAUCUCUUAGCCCAGUCAAGUGGACACAUAAGAGUCACCAGCACGAAUCACUGCAAUUGAAGGAUAAAUGCUCCAUGCUGGCGUUUAUCAGAGGGCACGGGAAGAAGAGGGACAAAGGUGCCUGGAUGAUUGCUCUGCUACGUGGAGAAGGUGCUGAGACUUCUGACUUGGAGUGUGCCUUGAUUUACUACUUGAAGACCUUAUGGUCAACAUUACAGAUGUCGGCUUCUAGGCCAGAAGAUGGGUGCCCUUUGCCACCAGUUGGUAGUUGGAUGGGUCAAGUAAGGAAAGUGAGUCCCAAGUGUUCCCUAAACCGUAAGAUGGCUCUAUUUGUGACAUAUGAAAACAUCAGGAUAAGUGUUGUUUCAAAUUGGCACGUGAAGAAAUGAGACAGCUUACCCAAGAUCAAGUAGUCAGCCAGCAGAGGAGCUGGAGGCUAGCUCUCUGCUUUAAGUCACCAUUCUUUCCAGUAGACCAUAUGCUUCUUUACAUCACACUUCUCUCCGUGGUUUCAGAAAUGCUCAGUUCUUUAGUUCAUUUUUUCGUUCAUUCAUUCAAUACCAAACAUUCUUUAAGAGGCUGUUAUGAAUGGAAAAGGAUCUGGAUGUUUCAGGGAGAGUGAGGACUAUGUAAAGAAGAGUUGGAAGACUCUUAGAAUAAUUUUGUUCUUGGACCCCUGUGGCUGGAAUCCUCCAGAACGAUACGGAUUCUCCUCUUGAGCUCCCCUGUCCUGCCCAAGGAGUUGGCCCUUAUUUGCGAUAUGGAGAACAAAAGAGUAGAUAAGAUGAGAAAGGGAGAGGCAACAGGGUUGCCUGACAUUUGUUUUAUGCAGUGUGUGUGUGUGUGUGUGUGUGUGUGUGUACUUGUAUGUGUGUACAUGCCAAGAAAGCAAAUGGAAAGAGGGAUGCUGAAGUGUUGAUGGCGGAUUGUACCAGCAACUAACGGACGGAGACAAUCUAGGUUUGGAGGAUUUGCAAGUUAGGAUUUUGUAUAUAAAGUCCAAGGGAAUCCAUAUCAGAGGAAUUUUCAAAUAUGAAUUGUCCAAUUAAAUGACAUAAAUUAAACAUGCCAGAUGUGGACUUAUUUUACCACACUGUUAAAUACAGCCUUCAUUCAGAUUGUAUUCAUUCAAUGAUGUGUCUUGUAGGUUUUGAAAUGAUGGUUAUCAAAUGUGCCUGGAGGAAGCAGCUUCCACCAAAAUAUUAAAUUUGCCUUGUUAUGGUAGGAGAAGUGAAAUUCUUGAAAGUUUCUGUUUUUGACACUAAGUUUUAAAAGGGAAGUUUGCCAAUAUUUUCUUCAUAUUCAGUGUUGUUGGCUACUUGUGU